AUGCCCUUGCUGUUUCUUUUAUCAUUGGUACUUCAUGUAUCAUGUCAAGAGUUUAGUUCAUUUACUCCUUGUCCAACAUCUGUACCAGAUCCUUCAGUUAUUGUUGAGUAUGAUGCUACUGGACAUUUAGUAGAUGGAGAACUAGCAGAAGGACAGUUUCUUGAUAUUAUUUGUAUAGCUGACAUCAGUCAAUAUAUUGAUACUAGUGUUAGUGUUACUAUGAGUUGGAGGAGAAAUAACACUGUACUGACCAAUGGAAGUGAUUUUACUAUUAGUCCUCCAGUUAUGACUAAUAAUCAGUACACUGGAGUAUUACAUAUUAAUAGUUUAAGAGAUGAGCUUGAUAAUGGUGCUAGUUAUAAUUGUUCAGUUAGUGUGACUCCUAAUACUCCUAUCAUAAUAGCAGGGAAUGAUAAUAGCAGUGCAGUUACAUUAACUGUAGCAAGGUUUGACAUCAAUCAUGUUGAUAUUAGUAUCAACAUUCCUUUUGUUCCUGUUGCUGGUGAUGUAUUCAAUUUAUCUUGUGUCAUAGUUGCACCUCCUAAUUUUGUUGAGAAUCUUACUAGUGUCAGAUGGACUUAUGAUUUAGAAGCAUCUCAAGAUGUGACUAGUGAAAACAAUGAUGUUACACUAGUACCUGUUGAUAGAGAUAGAAAUAUAUUCACCAGUGUACUUACACUUGAUCCAGUGAAGACAACUGAUGCUAGACAAUAUUACUGUCAAGCAACAAUUGCUGUUUUUGGUAUUGUAGAUCGAACAAACAGAGAUUUAACUGUUCAAGUACCUCCUCCCAGUGUAUCAAUAGUUGCUGAUCCUCCAACUGGUCCAAUAUAUGAGAGUACAGGUUACUUCCUAACCUGUACAGCUACAGUAAACACUACAAUCGUGAAUACACCAGUAACUGCUAGUGUAGUAUGGACUGAUCCUAGUGGUAAUGUAAUAGCAACUAAUGAAGCAAGACGUCAAGUGAUACCUCCAACUGGUAACAGUCUUGUAAGCAUGCUAUUGUUUCUACCUAUUGAUACUGGUCUUAAUAAUGAUGGAGGAACAUAUACCUGUCAAAUGACCAUCAAUUCUGGUAACUCAUUAAUAGCAUCAAGUCAACCUACUGAUACUACCCUUGAUGUUACUGUUGAAAGUCUUCCUCCAUUGACAGUAAAUUUCUCAUCAGUUGGUUCAGUUGAAGUUGGUCUGAGUCUAACUAUAACAUGUACCCUAACAACAGUUGAGAGAUUAGUAGUAACACCAAUGGUUACUUUCAUCAAAAUGAAUGAUACAGAUAUGGAAAUGCUCUCUAACUUAAAUAGACCAUACAGUAUCACAACAGAUGAUACUAGUUCAGUUACUAACUAUACUCUAAUACUGAAUCCAGUGAGGUUUGAAGAUGCUGGAAUGUAUACAUGUAUGGCUGAGUUUAAUGUAACUGGUUCUAAUGAUACCAAUGAUCCUAGCACUGCUACUUAUGAUUAUCAAGAGGAUAGUGAUGCCUUUAAUUUGAUUGUUGACUUUCCACCAAUGAUUGUUACUAUAUCAAAGGAGCGUAAUAAUAUAUUAUAUGCAGGAACACCUUUCUUCAUUAAAUGUGACAUAAUGUUAGAUCCAUUAGUUACUAUACCAGUAAGUGUAACUAAUCUAUGGACACGUGAUGGUACUAAUGUUCCUAUGGGUUCAUCUGAUGCUACUAUUACUGUGGAUCUCAAUAUGAUUGAUACAUUACAUUAUAAUGCAACAUUAAUGUUCUAUCCAUUGGAUAAUGCUGAUGAUAGUGGAAUGUAUACUUGUAAUGUUGAAGUGACUGCUCCUAAUAGCUACACAUAUCUCAGGAAUACAACAACUAGUGCUAAUACUUUUAUUACAGUUUUUGCUACUCCAGGGCCAGUAGUAGAGAUAGUAACUAUGGGUAUUGCUGAACCUGGUGAAGAAUACAUGUUAAAUUGUACAGUGACAGUUGUUGAUAGACUCAUAGUCUCACCAGUGAUUACAUGGACUAAGAGAUCAGUUAACAAUGUUAUUAGUGUACCUCCAGUUCUUAUGACUGUAUCUAAUGCAAUGAGUUCUCUUUAUUUGAGAUUCUCUUCUCUCAAUACUUCUGAUGCUGGUCUGUAUACUUGUGAAGCAUCCAUUAAUGUUAGUCAAAUAUCUAUGGUAGCAAGGAAUGAUGACACAUCAAACUUACCAUUCGAAA